UGAAACACUCUUCGAAUUGGGCGUAGCUCUCUUUCUAAACACUUGUAUGUCACACACACUCUCUCUCUCUCUCUCCAAACCGUCUCAGCCUCGCAGAUCAUUGUCUCAGUCUCACAGAUUUUCAUCUCAACCUGAACCUUCAUGGAAACCCUAACCUUGAGCUCCUCUACCACUCUCCAAAGCCUCAUUACUGUGUCUCACUACCCUAACCUCAUCGGCGAUGCCUGAAUGGGGAAGAGUAGGGUGAGACGGUGGUGUUCGUCUGCCUCGGAAGCGUAGGGUGCUUCGAUCCACCUCGACUGGCGGAGAUCGUGGCAACGCUGGAGAAGAGCGGCCACCAAUUCUUGGGUUCCAUGGAGCCUUCACCGAUGACGAUUCCGUCUCCAUCCUCUCUCGUCUCCCCUCCGUCGCUUCUCUCAACCUAAUUUUUGAUUCCUGGGACUUCUACACCGAUCGCAUCCUUCUCGGUUUUAUAUUUCUGUAAAAAUCUGAGAAAUUUGAGAUUGAUUAUAGUUUCUGACGGAUAAUACUGAUUUCACGGUGAUUGGGGUGAUCGGACUGCCUAGGGUAGGGAAGUCGACGAUAAUGAAUGAGCUCUAUGGCUUUGAUGGAACUUCACUUGGUUCAUUAUCCUUUACAGGAUAUUCAGGUGUCCCAUUUUCUAAAUCCAAAGUACAGCUUCUUGAAGCAGAGUGGUUUAGGAAAAGACGAAAGGAACCUAAGCUGGAAGCUCUCGAGAAGAUUAAAGGCGAGCUUAUGGUUCUAGGAUUCAUUUCCCUACUCCUGACAUUUGGGCAAAUCUACAUUGCCAACGUCUGUAUACCCACGAAGCUUGCAGAUACAAUGUUGCCGUGUCCCAUAAAACAUCAUGGUGGCCACCAUCUUGAACCAGAGCAUGAAACUGCCCCUAAGGAGGAGCCAGACCACCAUAGGAGGCUUCUAUGGAAUGACCAUAGAAUUUUAGCUGGUGGUGAACCUGCUAAAGGGUGCAAGAAAGAAAAAGCUGAGCUAGCCAUGCUCUCAUUUCAUAAAAAUGGGGAAUUAAAGUGGACACGAAUCCAAGCAAAUUGUACGAAGGGUAUUCCGGGGUACGUGCCACUUAUAUCUAUCCAUGGGUUACAUCAGUUGCACAUCUUCAUAUUCUUUUUGGCCGUCUUUCAUGUUAUAUACAGUGCCAUAACAAUGACACUUGGGAGAUUGAAGAUACGUGGGUGGAAGGAAUGGGAACAGUUUGAAACUGAAACCAAUGAUGAAUUCAAUGAUUGGAUUAGAGUGGCAUUUUUGACGCGCAACAAUGAUGUAAUUUGUUUGAAUGUUCAUUUUUGUUUGAUAAGGAUACACAUACUUUUUGGAGUUGCACUAGUUAUUGUUGGAUUUUUGGUGGAAUUGAACAAGAUAUAACUUUUGGAUAUUUUGUGGAUAUUUCACUAUUUUAUU